AUAUUGUCAACUUCGAAACAUCAACAAGAAUCCAGAAAAACUAGUUGUUGAGAGCGCAAGAUACUCAUGAUUUUAAUUUACUUUUUCCAAGAAGAAGCUUGGUGAUUUCUCAACAUAGCUGAAACGUAGGGCUCAGCAGCUGAUGUCGACUCACACAUAACGAUCAUAGUAGCGUAUAAUUAAGGAUAAGAGCAACCACCAAUGAAUGACGGAUUCUGAAAAACAGUUCCAAGUCACUCAAAAAUCCUGUUAAGGACUAAGAUACAUGUACAACUCAGUGCUGCAACAUUUGGGUGUGCUCUUAUUGGAGGAAAAAACGACGCACCACUUCACCCAAGGUAUAGCUCUCUGUCAGACGAGCAGGGACUCUAUGUCAGAUGAUCCUAAAUCAAGAUCAAGGUUUUUGUUCACCUAUCAACAUGAUGCAAUUCGGUACUUCUGAUUUGUUCCCGUGUUCCUUUCACCGCGCAUCAGAGUCGCUAUACUCGCUUGUCUCAAGUGCUGAGUAUUGGCGCUAUAUGUCGCGAACAACGAAAUAGAUCGGCCACGUACGCAUGGAGAAUUUUUUUUCAUUGCAUGGUCAGUCGCCGCCACUACAACACCAGAUGAAGAGAUACUAGAACACGAACAGAUCUAAUGAAUGAAUAGAGGACAAUGAAAGUAGAAAACGAUAGCACGAACAGUUGUAGAGUCCAUAUUGUCCACGCUUCAAAACGAUUCACGAUCUCCUCGCGAACGUUUCCUUCGGAAUCGCCCUUGACAGGAAUUUCACACUACUGCAAUGGCGUUGCGAGCUAGUAGCUUGCCGCGCUGGCUCCUUUCAGACACGGAGUUGUGGUAGUUGUUACAGGGCUAUAGAAAAUUAUGGGUGAUUCUAAUGCAGACAUGACCUUCGCGGAGUCCGCGUCUUCGUGGUCUAUGCUCUGUUUCGCUGUUACUCGACACUGCAUUGUAUACCCAGCAUGGGGUUUCACUCAUUGAUUUGAUCUGGAUAUCUAUCACUUGAAAUUGAUCUGUUCUCAGUAUCCGGAGCAAUCUUCAUCUCAUCAACAUCUUCUAGAAGAAAUGUGACUUUGAAAAAGUCUACAUAUCCGAAGCUGGACGAGAACAGAGCGUUACGACAGACAGACGAGAACAGGCGCUGGAGCUUUGAGAGUACUCCAUCUAGAGUACUGACCUAGUAAGGGUGAAGAUGUUUCUCCUUUAAGUCAUGGACAGAAUAUACGAUCAGCAGCUGCUUCCGUGGCUGCUGGGUGGGCGAUAGGAUCACACAGUGUAUACCAGGAGAAACGAGACUGGAUGUUCGCCUCACGGCUCUCACUACGUGCUUUGAGGAUAAUAGGUCUAUCCUGUGCAACAAAGUAUUUGAGUUCUAGUGGUAGUGGAAGAACGGCAGAGCGGAUGUCUAGACAUUUGUACUCUUGAUGCACCUACCAAUUGAAUGGCCUUGGUAAUAACUUCAAUUUCCUUCAUCCGAAGGAUAGCUCUACAAAAU